AUGUUCACGACUAUCGAAGGGCCGCACCGAGUUCACUUGUGUAGGGUGGAAAUGGUUGCAGUAGCCAGAGGCAGCUCGACGCCACGGUUGUGUCCGAAUCUGGUAAGGAAGGUCGAUGUGUCGAGCCACUCUUCCUGGUUCGCUGCUUGUCGAAUAAGGUGGUACAAGACGGACCUGCCGAUGCAAGAAGGGAUCCGGUCAACGGGCAGCCUGACUUUACUUGAUAAGUCAAAGCGAGCUGUGGAGGAGGUCUCAAAGAACGAUGUGUUCAAUGAGAAGUAUUGUCUGAAGACUGGCGACCUUUUACAUAGGUUUGGUGAUGGUGCCGGUAUGAUGAGCCAUGCCGAGCCUAAGCAUGUCCGUCCGAUCGGUUGUGCGUAG